AUGUUGAAUGAGGAAGAGCAAAUCAUAGUAAUUAAAGAACAUCAGCAAAGCACCGCUGACAGCAGUAGCACUACCACUGCCACCAGUGGCGACAGCAUCAUCACUGCUUCCAUCACUAAUCUGAGCACUUUACCAAUCAUCAUCCUGAUUAUAUUUGUCGUUCUUAUCUCGUUCUUCAGCAUCACCUGCAGCAGGACUCGCUUGAUGAGGUUUCUUGCCUACCUGCUGGGGAACUGUGCUGCUUGUUCCAUCUACCUGCAGAGUUGCUGGUCUGCCGCCAGCGCCCCCUUUAAAGGAUUACGAUGUUAUGGUCAGGAUAGUAGCAUCUACUUCAGGAGAGUCUGUCAGUUGUUUACGUGCCGGAUUAAUUGCUUCCAGUCUGAACGAGAAACAUUCGAGACACGAAUCGUGAUGGAUAAGUCGGAGGAAAACGUUUCCAGCUCGACGAAACCAAAUAAAAAUGACAGCGAGGCUUCCAAGGCUGCCUCCUCUCUCUUGGCUGAGGAAGUCUCUAUAACGUCCACCAGGGUGUACCCGGCCAAUGAACUCCUGACUUGGGAACAACACAUUCAGGAAUCACCGGACCCACCCACAAAGACCCACACCCUCGAAAAGGCCCCCUGGAAAAAAAAUAGUUCUUUCUUGGCACUGUUCAAUAAAGAAACAUUCGAGACACGAAUCGUGAUGGAUAAGUCGGAGGAAGACGUUUCCAGCUCGACGAAACCAAAUAAAAAUGACAGCGAGGCUUCCAAGGCUGCCUCCUCUCUCUUGGCUGAGGAAGUCUCUAUAACGUCCACCAGGGUGUACCCGGCCAAUGAACUCCUGACUUGGGAACAACACAUUCAGGAAUCACUCGACCCACCCACAAAGACCCACACCCUCGAAAAGGCCCCCUGGAAAAAAGUUCGUGCUUUCUUGGCACUGUUCAAUAAAGAUAGAUCAGUGACGAACACUCAGGAUAAUUGCAGAGUCACAGAGCACUCCAGCAACCACAGCCUUCAUGAAGGACAGGCAGGAGGACAGGCAGGAGGACAGGCAGGAGGACAGGCAGGAGGACAAGCAAGAGGGCAGGCAGGGCAAGCAGGAGAAAUACUCCGAGAGGACAAAGAGGGAAAAGAAAGGGAAAGAGAAGCCUCAGGAGGAGGAGGAGGAGCGCUAAGUAAGCUAGACAGCAUCUUGGGUAGCGUGCCCUCCCACCCCGUCAGGAGGGAGGAGCUAGAGACCUACUUGAACCACGCUGUCCGCUCGGGCAUCAUUGAUGAGGAAUUCCAGAGCAUCCCGCCUCGGUUCAACAAGACCACCACUGUGGCCACUCUGCCGAACAACCGCUACAAAAACCGCUACAAGAACAACCUUCCGUAUGACGACACAAGGGUGGUUCUCAGGAGUCAGCCCGGGGUGGUGAGCGCUGACUACAUCAACGCUAACUUCGUCAGGAGCUACAGGAACUCCAAGGCAUACAUUGCGACGCAAGGGCCCAAAGACUUUAAUGAUAACACAAUCAAUGACUUUUGGCGCAUGGUGUGGGAAAACAACACCAACAUCAUUGUAAUGCUGGCCAGACUCUUCGAGGGAGGACUUGUGAAGGUGAGCCAAUACUGGCCGGACGCAAAGGACGAGGAAACCACGUACGGGGAGGUGAAGGUGAAACUGGUGGCCAGCGAGGAGCGUCUUGACUUCGUCCAAAGGUGGCUCCUGUUGUCCUGCGGCACUGAGAACCGCAAGCUGGUCCACUACCAGUUCACGUCGUGGCCAGACCACGGCGUGCCCCAAUCACCAUUCAGCUUCGCCCUCAUGGUGUUGGAUAUCUGUAAAUGGAAGAGGUGUGGCCCCGUGGUCGUCCACUGCAGUGCCGGACUGGGACGGACAGGGGCACUGUUGUUGGUAUUGUCACUUAUUGAUCAUCUGGAGGGUUCAGGUUACCUCGAUGCUCCGACAUGUUUGGCCACUCUUCGUCUCGGACGCCCUAACCUCCUCGAGAACCUGGCGCAGUACAAGUUCUGUCACCAGACGCUGCUGGAGGUUCUCUUCGCAGAGGUCACCAGCUGCCCCGUCGCUCGUUUCCCCCAGCAGCUGGAGCACAUCGCACCACAGCUAGAGAAGGAAUACAAA